AUGAGUUCAGAAUAUGCCAGAGACCACUGCAAAAUUGCAGUUGGUAAAAUUCUGCAAACAUUAGGAUGGCAUUCCAUCAACUCUACCCCACUAGAAGUGCUGACAGAUAUCAUGUCCUCCUACAUUCAACAAAUCAGCAAACUCACCAAUGACUACACCAAUGAAUUUGGCCAAACAGAAGCUAAUCUGGACCAUUUGGGGUUGGCUUUUCAAGAGAUGGGCAUCAAUCUGUCUGAUCUGGAAGAGUAUGUGACUUAUGUGAAUUUCACCCCUGGGCCUCACCCUGCUCCAAAGUUCCCCAUUCCGAAGGAGAACCAUCUGAAUUUCUUGAAACCUGGCAGUAAGGAGGUGGUCACUAGGCCUGUUCAUAUUCCUGAGCAUUUGCCUCCCAUGUUCCCUCUCCUAGAAGGAACAGAAGUCAAAAAUGAAGAAAUUGACAUUGUCAAAGAAGAAAUACCAGAAGAACCCACAAAUACCACCCCCUUCAAGAAACCAGCUGAUGUGGCAUCCCCAGAAUUUCGUAAACCAAAGAAAGAUGAUGAAGGCAGCCGGCCGACCCGCGAGAUCAGCAGCGUCAUGAUGACCACGUCGGGCUUUCUGUCGCCGGCCAGGGAGGGCAAGCUGCCCGAGGCGAAGGCGCCCUUGCCACCCCCGCCGCCUCCGCCGCCCCCCGCCCCGGAGCCGCCCCCGGUAGUAGAGCCGCCCGCGCUGGGGACCGCCCCGGCCGCACCGCCCAAGAAAAAGGCCGAGCGGCGGAAGGAGAAGCUCAGCAAGGAGCUGUUCAAGCCAUUGCCAGAAGACAAACCAGUUAAGAAACCCGCCUCGAUGAAGGACCCGACGAGACCGAAAAAACACACCCUCCCCCCGUCAGUAUCGCUGUCCCCCAUCCCCCUACUGGUCCCCCCGAAUGCCCCCAACCGCUUGGGAGAGAUGAAGGUCCGAGCCAUGCCGCUGCCGAAAAUGAUGAGAGAUAACCUCAUGGACAAGGCCCUCGCAGCAGCCAAGGCCAAAACGGAGAAGCUUAAUACCACCAUCACGCCCAUUCCGAUGAGGUUCCAGAGCCCUGGCAAUCAGGUGGUCCAGUUGCCCGUGGAAAAGUUGUUCAAUGAGCCGGAUAGGAAGAAGAUUAAUAUUUUGAGAAAGAUAUCUAGUGUUAAGGAAGGUAAGAAGAAAGAAUCUAGAGCCGGAACUCCUAGCCUAGUGAUCGAGGAACCGUCACCGUCCGACAUCGUCACCAAAAUAAGCAUGUCCAGCGACAUCACCAUCGAACCCAUAAUGUUCUCGAGAAGUCCCGACAAAAUCGACGGUUACUUCGACAAUGGCUCCCCACCUGGUACUCCGCCUACCCCUAGGACCCCGGAAAUCGUCACUCACAGCCCACCGAUACAAAAAGAAAAGCGGAAACGCAAAGAACCCAAAAACAAACCCAAACGGCCCAGAAAACAGCGCCCCUUCCUCACCGAGUCCGAGCUAGUGGACAUAAUCAUGGACAGACCCAAAACCCCCGACGCUCACCAUCUAAGCCAGAUGCGGGGGCAGCUGCCUCCCCACAUGGGCAUGCCCCCCAUGCCUUCCCACCACGUUCCUUUCCCCUUUCUGGCCCACUUCGGCGGCCCUGGGCUGAUCCCUCCGCAGCUCAGCACGCCUCUAUUCCCCUUCGCCCACCUCGGAGGACUUCCCAACUUCGGCAAAAACCCCUACUUCAACCCCGUCAUGUCCAACAUGCCCCAACAAGUCGAGCCUAUGCCGUUGCUGUCUCCGAAAGUGAAGGACCUGCCCCCUGUGGAGGUUAAGCCUGUGGACACACCUAAACCACCUGUGCGACCGCCUUUGGACACGCCUCCUAAGGCGGUGGACACGCCUCCUAAGGCCAUCGACACGCCCCCUAAGCCGGCUUUGCCCAGCCCACCUGUGGCUGUCGUCCAGCCCAUUCAAGUGGCGGAGGCUAGUUCCAGUACCGGAAGCGGCCCUGUGAGUUGCAAGACUCCGGACAUUGUCGAGAUCGGGCCGAAGAAGUUGAAAGAGCACAAGAAAGAGAAGAAAGACAAGAAGAAGAAUAAGAAGGACAAGGUGAAGGAGAAAGGCGAGAAGAAGACGAAGAAGGAGAUGAAGAAGGAUGCGAAGGAACUGAAGGACAAACUGAAAAAAGAGAAGAAGAUCAAGAAGAAGGACAAACUGCUCGAGAAGGAGCACCUGGCCACCACCACCACCGCCGCCGACAACCCCGCCAUCCCGAAGAUCCUGCUCAAGGUCAACUCGCCGUCGCCGCGGCCCGGCACGCCCGAGGCGGCGCGCAAGCUGACCAUCAAGCCGGUGGUGAAGAGGGACGAUCCGCCCCCCGGACCGCCCGUCGCGCAGCUGCCCGUCCCCGAGGCGGAGGAGCGGAGACGGGAACCGUCGCCGGGCGGGCUGGCGAAGAUCGCGGCGCUGGUGACGGGGCCGCCCAAGCCGCGGGCGGGAGUGUCUCCGGUGCCGCCCGCUGUGGAGAAGGUUGAACCUGAAUCGUCUGCUGCACCUGCUCCUACUACCCCCAAAACUCCUAGUAGAGCGAAAGCGAUCCCUGCAAAGCCUAAAUCCACCCCAAAAGCAAAGAAAAUUGAGCAAGUUUUCAAAAAAAUGGACGAGCAGGGCAACGAGGUGUGGAUAUGCCCGGCAUGUGGGCAACAGGACGACGGGCGGCCGAUGAUCGGCUGCGACGGGUGCGACGCGUGGUACCAUUGGGUGUGCGUCGGCAUCCAGGUACCGCCCGACGAGAACGAGAACUGGUACUGCAAGCCGUGCCUAUGUAGAAAAAACGAGCAGGUGCAGGGCCAAGAUAAGAGGAACAAGAAGCGGAAACGGAAGGAGAAAAAGGACCAUUAA